UUCAAGACUUUCUCCAAUUUUUUAGCCUUCAGUAUUCUUAUCCAAUUCACUUCAUAUCUGCAGAGUGAAAUUACCAUGGCGACUCCUAGCGCUUAUCUUGCGGAAGCUUAUGUGAUGGGGAAACAAUACAAGGAGAAGAUGAAGACAGAACUGGAAACUAAUGAUACCAAAAAGCAACAUAAUGAUCCUAAAACCUCACCCUCCUCCUCCUCUUCUUCUUCUUCUUCGGGUGGUUGCUUUUCCAUGAAAAUAUUCAAGAAAGCCCAUCCAAAAACCGCUCCUCCGCCAUCGGAUUCCGCCGUGACACGCCGUGGAGUAGGAUAUGAGAGCUAACAGUUGCUAUAGCUAUAUAUAUAUAUUACUGUUCUAGGAAUGUUUUUAAAGCCACUGUAUUGUUUUUUCUUUUUCGUUUCUUUAUUUCAUGUGUUUGGAAUUCAUGAACUCAACUAGAGUGAAGAAGUUCAUGAUAAUUAAAAAGAUUUACUUGUAUAUGCGGAUAAUGACAUGAUUCUCUAAUUAUACAACUCCACAGAAUUUAUUUAA